AUGCCUCCACAGCUUUGCUUCUCAUUUCUUCCUCCUGAUCCCACACUUCCCAUCCCACUAUCCAUCGUCAUCACAUCAGCCAUCUCAAGCAUGCCGGAAGCAGUCUCAACAGCCGAAACAGCCACAGACGGCGAACCCUCUACACCGCUCUCGCUACUGCGAGCGGUGACCGAAGUGCAAGAACGACGCAUCUCCAUCUGGCGCGAAUACGAUGAUGCAUUCGACCAAUUCCUCGACCCCGCCCAGUCUUCCUCCACCUCUGCUCCCGCCCCCGUCAACGGUUCCCAGAACAACGAUUCCUCCUCCACCACAACCAACGGUCGGGGCUGUGCAGGGUGCAGCACAACCACCGUGCCCCUCUCCUCCCGCCUACUCGCGCAGAUCCUUCAACUCACCACCCAGGCACUCAUCGAAUGCGGCCAUCGACUCCGCGCCAUCCAGACGGAACUCUCCCACUCCACACAUCCGGAGCUGGCUACGUUGGUAGAUCGAAUCCAAUCCAAGGAAAAUGCAUUGCUCAGAAACGUCGUUCAAAGAGACCAGCUGAGGAAGACUAUAUACAAACCCGAUUCCCCAAACGACCUGGAUAGGGACAACAACGAUUCUCAAACAGAAACGUUAGCACAGCUCGAAACAACCAUCGACGAAAUCAGAAGCGAUAUCACAGAACUCAUGCAAGAUGUCUACGCUGAAUCCCUCGACCUACAACAAUAA